UCGAGUCGUUCGUGUCGUGGUGUUGUUCGUCGUGAUUUGUCUCCUUUCUUUCAAACGUAUGGUGCUUUGACUGAAAUGUCGAAGGAUAGCUUUAUUUUGCAUGUUGUACGUGUAAAAUUAUAACCUUACUACGCGAGAUACGUAUCAUAAAGUGUAGUGUUUUUUUUGUCAUUUGCACGUAAAGAGCAAAGUGAAUAUGUGCCGAUGAAAGAUUCAAUCUCACCUGUUGUCAAGAGCAACAAGUGAACGCGUGGUCACAUGGAAAAUUGCAUCAUCGAAACGGAUUUCGAUUUUGUGUACGAACACACGCUGCGGAUUCCAAUGCGAUCACGUGAUCAAUUCGAGACGCUUACUUCAGAUAGUACAUAUUCUCGUGCGGCAAAAAAUAGUGUUGCAGCUCAUAAAAUAUUUACGGAGUGUAUUUCGUGAAAAAUUCAUAUUGUGAGAUGGUUGCGGCCGAGAAAUAAUCGCGAUUUCGAAUUUCCGUGUGAAUCGCCUGUAUCAAUAGUAAACAAAUUUACACAUGCAUGACGCCGGUGUAAUGAAAAUGUACGUGACAUUGUUCUCAGAAAAGCAAAAUAUCGAAAUCGAAUAUCGAAAUAAAAAUCGAUCGAAAUAUUGUUUAGGCACUUACAAUAAUUAGUGACAAAUUGUUAUCGCGGUGUUCAAGACUUAGUCGAUUGCUAACGGUGAAACAAAACAGCGAUAAGUACUGCUUUUUACGUGCAUCACAAAACAACAACGUGCGACAUGGUGUAAACACCAUGGUGUAUCAGUGAAUGACGACGGCUAAAGCGGAGACAAUAACGUGCGAAACAAUACGGAGUUUUGCUCUGUUUUCCUAUUGAUGAUUUAUGGACUGUGUGAGUGUUUUUGUCAAUGGUCGCUUUUAUUCGCUGGUAUCAAGAUAUUGCGAGAACUCUCGUGGACCAUGGCUAUGAAGAAGGGGCUCGCGCGCAAUGUGACGCCACGACGCCUUCUCAUUGUCGUUUUUUCGUUGAUCCUGUGCAACCUCAAAAGUAUUCAAGCAGCUCACGGAUUUAGACACAGCCUCGCUCAGAGAGAACAGUACAGUCUGAGCAGAAAUUUAAAAAAUAGCGGUCUCUUUCCGUCAGUAUUCAACGUCGCCGCAAAAGCGGACGUUUCCGUAAACGCGACGUGCGGCGAGGAUGGUCCGGAGACUUUUUGCAAGCCCUCGGAGUCAUCGAGAUGCGCUGUUUGCGAUUCUCGAAGUCCAGAUCCUGGCAAGAGGCACAACAUCAGCAACAUUCUCAACUCGAGUCCUGGCAGAUGGUGGCAGAGCCCGACAUUAGCCAGAAGUGAUCACUACGAAUACGUGACUAUUCUUCUGGAUCUCAAGCAGAUUUACCAAAUAGAGUACGUGAUAGUGAAAGCCGCGAAUUCGCCGAGACCCGCGGCCUGGAUCCUGGAGAAGUCCUUGAACGGGGAGAACUUCCAGCAGUGGCAGUAUUACGCGCCGAGCGAUGAGGAAUGCUGGGCAAGGUAUUCGGCACCGCCUGUUGCAGGCAAACCCGUCUACAUUGCCGACGACGAAGUCAUAUGCACCAGCCAGCACUCCAAACAAACCCCCAUGGAGAACGGCGAGAUCCACACACACCUGGUGAACGGUCGACCCGGGGCUCUAAACCACAGCGCGACUCUACAGGAAUUCACUCAGGCCAGAUACGUGCGGCUCCGCUUUCAGGGUCUUCGACGCAAUGGCGAGGUUUUGACUGACAAAAGACGUGCCUUUUAUUCGAUAAAAGAAAUCAACAUCGGAGGACGGUGCUUGUGUUCCGGACACGCGGCUCGAUGUCGGUACAGCGUUUCUCACAGGCAUCAGGAAUGCGAAUGCGAGCGCCACACGUGCGGCGAAAGAUGCGAAAAAUGCUGCCCCAUGUACAAUCAGAUCCCGUGGAAGCCUGGCACAGCUGGCAAGGGCUUUCACUGCGAGAGGUGCAACUGCAAUGGACAUGCAACGUCCUGCAUAUACGAUCAGGAAAUGGCCGAGAGAAGAAUGUCCAUGGAUAUUCGUGGGAAAUACAGAGGCGGUGGCGUGUGCGUCAAUUGUACGGAGCAUACAGCUGGUAUUAACUGCGAGAAAUGUCAGAUCGGCUACUACAGGCCGAACGGCAUUGCACCUGAUGCGUCAGAACCCUGUCUGCCCUGCGACUGUAACGUUCGUGGUAGUACAGGCUAUUGCACUCCCGACGAUUCCUUCACUCGCAUGGGAAAGGUAGCAGGUGCCUGCGAAUGCAAGCCCGGAUAUUCAGGAUACAAGUGUGACCAGUGUGCCGCCGGUUAUCGACAGUUUCCCGAUUGCAUGCCGUGUCCCUGCGAUUCCCGCGGGAUUCUACCAUCCCACGAUUGCGAGGGCGAUUGUUUGUGCAAGGCGAACGUCGCUGGGGAUUUCUGCGAUCGAUGCAAACCGGGAUACUUCGCGCUCACGAAGGACAAUCUAGAUGGAUGUUUGCCGUGCUAUUGCUUCGGCACGACGAAUAGCUGCACCACUGCAAGAUUAUCGUACAGCAUGAUUUCUACGCUGGAGGACUGGUUAGUGACCGACGUGAACGCAUCUCGAGCAAUCGUUCCCACUGUGGACACGGACAGCGGAUGGUUAACCGUGGCGGCAUUCGAGGUCGAGUACGACAGCCCUUUCUGGUUGGCGCCACAGAUCUACACGGGGAAUCGCGUAUCCUCGUACGGCAGCAAUCUCACAUUCUCCGUUACGUGGGUUGUCAUGCGAGGCGACACCAGUGGCAAACCGACCACGGAACCCAACAUCAUCUUAGUUGGUAACAAUGGAAUGCGCAUAGCGUAUGGCGAAGAACAGUACAAUGGCCAAGAAGCUGAAAUCGUGGUGCCUCUACGAGAACACGGCUGGUAUCACAUAAGGAGCGAAAUUCGAGACAUCGCGGUUAGAUUGAGAAGGACAGAGUUUCGCGGUGAUCCUGUGACGAGGUCGCAAAUGAUGCGCGUUCUUGCUGAUCUCAAGUACCUGCUGAUAAGAGCGCGAUAUCAUUCGGAGCAAAUCGAAGGAAGUCUUCAAUCUGCCAUAUUGACGGUGAGCGAAUUAUCAUCGAAUGGCGAAACGGACAAUCUAGUCGAAUUGUGCGAGUGUCCCGAGGGAUAUACGGGAACAUCCUGCGAAAAAUGCGCUUGGGGAUACGUGAAGAUAGCCGCUAACGGUUCCAAUCAUCAGGAUCAUCAUAUAUGCGUGAAAUGCGAUUGUAACGGCCAUGCGGGCUCCUGCGAUCUCGUGAUGGGUGAAUGUAAGACUUGCGAACAUCACACAGUCGGCCCAAAGUGCGAUCGCUGCAAUACGGGAUAUUAUGGUAUUGCAACGAGAGGCACCAGUGAAGAUUGUAAAAAAUGCGCUUGUCCACUUUCAGUCGACUCCAAUAACUUCAGUCCGAGUUGUCAGCUUGAUGAUCCUAUUGAUAUUAGCAGCGGAUAUGUGUGUACGCAAUGUCCCGAAGGAUACACAGGAGAUCAUUGCGAAAGUUGUGAUAUAGGCUUCUACGGCAAUCCUCUGACACUUGGUGGCACGUGCCAGCGAUGUUCUUGCAACGGCGGUGCCUGCGAUCAGGAAACGGGUCGCUGUCUUGAAUGUCGCGGCAAUACCGAAGGUUGGAAGUGUGAAAGAUGCAAAGAAGCGCAUUUUGGAAAUCCUCUGGAACAGAAUUGCACGCCAUGCAACUGCUCUCCUCUCGGUAGCAAUGCAAUCCAAUGCGAACCGACGACCGGUCAGUGUCCCUGCGGAUCUUUGUUCACCGGUCGUGACUGUUCCUCCUGUAUCGAGGGAUACGGGAACGUGACCGCAGGUUGUCAAGAAUGCGACUGCGACGUGGGUGCCAUCAACGGACUCUGCGAUCCUGUAAGCGGUGUAUGCAGGUGCGCAUCGGGUGUCAUCGGCUUUCGAUGCGACCACUGUGAGGUGGACCACUACGGUUUGUCGGCGGUUGGCUGCAAAGAUCCUGCACAUGGCAUCUUACUUUUGAGUAUUUCACAGUCAAAAGAUUAAAUACUCAAAGCAUCAAAAAUAUGGAAUCGGAGUUAAUGAUUGAUACGUAAAUUGAAUAUUAUUUAUUAAGUCCGAAAAAACAGAAAAAAGUGCCCGCUAACUAUACUUACCAAAAAUUUAUGAAAGACUGUCCUCAUUGUUAGCACAUGGCGGUCGAUUUCCUAGAAGACAGAAUUCGAACUGUAAUCAGUUGAUUGAUUAAAUGGAGUUAUUAAAAUGAUAGGUAUUGCGGUGCGUGAGAUGAGCGACAAACGAAAGCCACAAACAAAAUGUAAACAUGUCAGUGAAAGAGUUUUUGCAAAACUGAUAAACAAGUUCGGGAAAAAUAUUAAUGCUUACAUAUAUUUUUUUCGUAUCCUCUAAAAAGCGUUAAUUAUUUUGAUUAAAAUGUAAGUUUAUACAUUAAUGUAAAGUGUUAAAAUAUGUAAGCAUUGAUUGAUUUUUCAGCUAUCAUUUGCAUCUCUCUUGUUCCUAUAAAUAGACUUUACCUCUCAGUUACCUGAAAUAAAUGUCAUAAUAAUCCUUACUCGGUGAUUAGAAUACCGAGUAAAAUUACCUCUUGGUAAUAACAAUUUAACCCGUACGUAAAUUUUAUCAAGAUAGAACAGCAGUUACCGAUAUUUACUGAUAUUUAAUUUAGGUAACUGAGAGGUAAAGUCUAUCAAAUAGUUGAAACACAACCGACCCUCAGUGGUCGCGCUAUCGAUACAAAGACAAAUAAAAGAAAGAAUGGAACAUCGGCGACGCAUUCUCUCUUAGCUACUUGAUAUACGCUUAUAGCCCGGAACCGGAGUUUUGCAUUACGCGAUCGCCGCGUCGGCAAGACGCGCGUGGGCGGAAUUAUUUUCCAGUACAACGUUAACGCGGUACGUUACCACCCUGUAAAUUAACUAUAUCGCCUGCCUAUACGCACCGCGUCCCGAGCAGCGCGUUGCUACCCGGGCGUGGGCGACGCCGUCCGUUCACGUUAUUAUAUUUCGCAGUUAUAAAUCAGACAAAACAGCAUAGUUAAUAUUUCCUUCGAGUCCACGCUCAAUCGGUCCGCGAUACCUACUGGUUCCAGUCUUAACAUGUUCUUAACAUGUUCUUUACUGCACUGUUUGCUUGUCGAUUACGGAAAUUGGUGGAGAAUUCGGGGGGAUUCCACGUGCUACGCAUACCUAAUCUAAUUGAAAAAAAAAAAAUACGAUCACGAAGUUAUCCAAUUUUGGUUGUCAGUUUAUCGACAAUUCGUUUAUCAGCUUUGCGACACAGGGCGCAGUAUGAAUGCGGCUUAAACAGCCUGAGGCAGCCCAAGGCACUCGCAACGCGGCAGUGCAAAAUCGAAGAAUGCUCGAUUUUCUCGGCAGAGAUUCUCAUUAAUCACACGCAUGGGGCCCUCACAUAGGAAUGUUUAUAAAAACACUGGUAGGGGAUGAGGCUAGAUCGAUUUCUUAAUUUUUUUUUGUCGGUCGAAUCUUUUGACAGCCAUUGCAUCGCGUCUUUUUUUUCACUCUCAUAGCUUUGUCGACACCUUAAUGGGAUACGACGAGAUUUAGAGCAGCGUCAGAAAUAUGAUGAUAAUAUGCAGAUCCGCGCAUCACCUCGUAAUCAUUGCCACCGUGCGUGUAACGUUCAUCUUAUUUUGACGAUAGGCCUUACAACACGACAUGUAAUUUAUUGGCAAUAAUUUUCAGAAGCGAAGCGAUUAUAAGACCCUAGUGUUAUCGUCAUAAUUUAAUAAUAAUAUCCAAUUAAUAAUCAGAUAGAUUUUUACGUUUUUAUGAAAUAUCAGAAACAAUUGAAAAGUUUACCUUUUAAUUAAAAGGUGGAGCGAAACCUCUGGUUUGAUUUACUAUGAAACUUUAAGCAUUGAAGAAUUUUUUUAAAAUUUUUUUUAUUGGCACUAUUGAGACAUUACUAGUCUCGCGAACGAGGAUUGAAUCUGUCUCUAAAGCCCGCGGCACACGGUAUUAUUUUCUCUGCUGGAUUGCUAACUAGAUACAAUUAAAAAUAUAUAAACAGUAUAAAAAAUAAAUAAUUGCUCGUUUUUAAAUAAAAGCAUUUGA